UAAUGGUUUCGUUGGUAUUUUAACCUCAGCCCGCCCCCUUCCUCCGCGCGCCCGGCGCACCAGCGGGACAGUCCGAAGAAUCCAGCAGCUCGCUCGGACCACCCCAACCUGAAGCGUCUGUCUCCUGGAAAGAUAAUUAAAUUGGAAUCAAGCGGUCGCUGUGUGUUCGUGUCUUUUGUUUCCAGAGAAAUCUGAUUGAGUGACAGAGCAGACUGAGGUGGCAGCAGCCAGUCCUUGCCCAGAAAUUUGUACCCAACUGGGGAUAAUGGGAAGACGAAGGAUUAGGGGAUAAUCCAGGAUACCUCCCAAAUGCAACCACAGAACUGUUUGCAGCUGGACACAGAACUAUUUCUGAGCUGAUGUUGACAAAGCCAAAGCCUAAAGCAAGCCAGGCGACCUGACCACACUCCCAACAAGGAUCGACUGCAUCCAGGAACACAACUGCAUAGUGUUCUCCUCAAUUUGUGCCUGUUUGAUCCAGCCAGCUAUGCGUAGCAGCAAGCUACAAAGAGUGGGACAGUAUUUGGCCUGCACAUGAUAAACAGACGUGAUAUUCCAGUGAAUUAUUUGGCGCUGCAGACAAACAGUCCAACUUUUUUUCCUCAGAAAUUACACAUUUUCACAAUCUUGGAGUAUCUCUUGCAAGCUCUAAUUCCAAACGUUGAGUCACUGCAGUGUUGAAAUUUGUUGUUUAGCUUUAGUUUUUAUUAGAAUUAAAUGUGACUCCAGGAACUGUUGUAAGUGCUUUCAGAGAAAUAUUAAGCAAUUAACAUUCUGUGGUCAUGAAUCUUCAGGAAAAGCUGUCAGGCCUUAAAGGUCUGGUCUCGCACUCCCACAGCAAGCGACGUCAUAAAGGCGACCUUACAGUGGACAUGAUCAGCCCUCCUAUGGGUGACUUUCGCCACACCAUGCACGUGGGCCGCGGUGGUGAUGUAUUUGGCGACACCUCCUUCCUGAGCAAUCAUGGUGGAACGGCCAAUGGGAACAACGGGGAGACUGAUUCUGUUUCUUCCCCUGACAAUAAGAUCGGAGCGUUCUUCUCCAGGACACUUCGGCAAAUCAGGAGGGGCUCUGACCAUCGACCCAGAGAAGGAUCAAAGGAUUUGUCGCCUCCUCCUCCUGCCAUUUCUCCCAUAAUAAAGAACGCCAUCUCUCUCCCACGGCUGGAUGUGGACAUGCCUAAUGGGAGUCCCACCACUAAAGUGCUCUUCCCCAGUUCUCAGAACACACCAGAGGAGAAGAAAAGCUCUUAUGGUCUGGAGUCUGGAUUCGUCACUUUGCCUCGUCUUUCCCGCUCAGAGCGUCAGCAGCCAUCCAUCUCCAUUUCCACCUCCUGCUCCCCGAAUGCUCACCGUGGUUCUCUGACAGACCCCAUUGAUGCCAUCUUAUCCACCUGCUCCACCUCGAUUGUGACCUCUGACCCUAAGCGCACCACCGCCUUCUCUGACUCCCUCCCUUCACUCACAUCCCUGGAUACCUUUACCUUCGACCUCGGCCCUUCUCUCAUGAGCGAGGUGUUCAGCCUGAUCGACAACCACCCUGAGGAGGAUGUUCCCUCAUGGGAUGGGGAGGGAGCGGAGUCAGUAUGUGGGCUGAUCAAUGAAAGAUCUGAGAUGGGCUCAGCUACUAUCUCAUUUGUGGAUUCGUUGCUGAGGGAGGACGGUGGGGGCGGCAACAGUCCACAUGUGGCUGAUGGUGAAGAAGAGAAGGUGAAUACAGUCAUGCUCUCUGGUAAAGUACCUGAUGUGUUACUGGGUUCUCCAGAACGAGUAGGGAUAAGGAUGGAGAAUGAGCGGUUCCAGAGUGCUACAGAUGUGCUUGCACGCCACUAUGGCGUCAGCCUCUUAAAGGGACAUAGCAGGAUGGAAGCUGGAGAUUCAGAGCUGGUGUUCACCAGCCAGCCAAAGAAGAAAAUGUCGUACAACUUCAUGGAUGAUGAGGAUGAAAUUAAAGUCUGAGCUGAGUAAACUGAAGAAAUUACCACAUGUAUAUAUAAAAAAUCUUGUCAUGUAUCAUUCCUUUAAAAUUCCAAAUCAGUAUAAAACUUUUUAUGGUUGACAAGGCUGGUUCUGUUGCCCGGAUGAACCCAGUAAACCCAGCAUUUUUAAUACUGGAUUUUUUACUUCUAAGCAAUCAUGCUCCAAGGAUGUACAGUUUGGAUGCAAACCUGCUGCUGAAUUUUAUCUAAAAGAAGAGCAAGUUGAUUUUUUUGUCCUGCGCGGAUGGGAUUUUUAGGCUGAAACAUUAAGAGGAGGCAUGGAAAGCCAGGAUGUGCCAAAGAAAGUUGCUAAGAUUGUUUGAAAGGAAACACUUGAGAUUUCUCAAUGUGGAAGUUCCAAACCCAGUCAUUCGCUUUAUCCUUUACACACUUCCUCUUAAAGGAAAAGGGAAAUAUUCUCAGAGUGAGUCAACAUCGUUAGUGAGAAUGCAGAAAGGAAGUGGGGCUUUGUAAAAUGUAUUUAAACAUAAGAACUUUGUGGCAUGAUUAUGAUCUAUUGUUAGUAUUUCACUCAGGAAUACAUCACAAGAGGAGAAAAAAGGGAAGGGGAAUUCUUAAUAAGAGAUCAGGAAUCUCCAAAUUCGCGAAGCUUCAUUAGACAAAACAAAGAAAACAUCACAACUAUUACUCAACAUGAACUGAGGGAAUAUGAGAAGUAUUAUUGGUAUUUGCUUGACUCAGCUAAAAGCCUAAACCAUGUAACUGUUCAUUGUAUGCUGCAGACCUUCUAUGUAGAUAUGUGCACCUUGUUUAAUUAUAAAGUUUGACUCCUGUAUUGCCUUUUAUAGAUGAAUUUAUAUGUUCUUUUGCAAAACUGUACAUAAAGAUAUUAACUGACUUACGAAUUUGUACCUACAGUAUGAGCACCUACAGUACAUAAGGCAAUUCACAUCUAUAUGCUGCAGUCAGUACCAGUAAUAUACAAUGACAUGAGCUGACAAUAAAGAUGUUUUUAAUUA